UUGUGUUUCGUAAAUAAAAUUGUCGCAUGUAUUUAAGCACCGGCCCUCAUCUUAAUGAAAAACCUCUCGGUUUGCAUUUUUAUUAGGAAAUAUUCCAUAAAAUUAAUUAAUUUUCAUCAUAAUUCUGUCUGUUCUUUUUUUGGUGACAUCAAACUUGUACAAUGUCCUCGUUACUAACUUUAACAAAAGAAGUGUCUUCUUUAUCAUCUAUGUCAAUACGACUGCUUUUGCAUUCAAAGAAACGUCCAGUUGUUUUUAGACACAUUAAUUUGAAUUCAAAAGUCAGCUUAUCAUCUGUAAGACGAAAUCUAUAUAAAAUUAAUUCUAUUUGUUCUACGUAUACACCUGAUUAUAAUUUAAAUAAUGUUUCUGUAAGAAAUUUUCAUUCAUCGCCAUUAGUUAUGUAUUGUACUCAGAAGAAAGAUGACUCAAAUAAUGCUAGUUCAAGUAGUAGUGAUGAUGGAGAUGGAGGUGAGGAUUCUGAAACUGAACCAGAAUUAGAACCACCACCACAAUAUACUCCACCACACAUGGGUGCUCUCACACCUAUGACUGUUCCAGAAGUUUGGCCCAUCGUUCCAGUUUUAGCUGUCAGUCGAAAUCCAGUGUUUCCAAAAUUCAUUAAAAUAUUGGAGAUUUCCGAUCCAAGUCUGGUUGAUUUGAUUCGAAGAAAAGUGAAAUUGAAUCAACCAUAUGCUGGAGUAUUUAUGAAAAAAUUUGAAAGUGAUUCAGAAGUUGUUGAAAAAUUAGAUGACAUAUAUAAUGUUGGAACAUUUGUACAAAUUCAUGAACUUCAAGAUUUAGGAAAAACUUUAAGAAUGGUCGUUAUGGCUUAUCGAAGGAUCAAAAUAAAUAAACAAGUUGUCGAUGAUAAUAAUUCUCACAGAAGGAGAAGACGAAAACUUCAUAAAAUUGUUAAUGAAAUAGCUGGCAAAUCACCAGAAGAAGCAGAACUUAAUGCUUCCAAUCCUGUUCUCAUGGUGGAAGUUGAAAAUGUCACUCAUGAACCUUAUGAAUCCACAGAAGAAAUAAAGGCUCUUACCCAAGAAAUAGUCAAAACAAUUAGAGAAAUCAUUGCUCUUAACCCAUUGUAUAGAGAAUCAGUUCAACAAAUGAUUCAAGCUGGUCAGCGUGUUGUUGAUAAUCCAGUAUACUUAUCUGAUUUAGGAGCUGCUCUAACUGGUGCUGAACCUCAUGAAUUGCAACAAAUAGUAGAAGAAACAAAUAUUCCAAACAGAUUGAUGUUGACACUUUCUUUGCUUAAAAAGGAAUUAGAACUCAGCAAGUUGCAGCAAAAAAUUGGAAAGGAGGUUGAAGAAAAAGUUAAAACAAUGCAUAGAAAAUAUAUGCUUCAGGAGCAGUUGAAAAUAAUUAAAAAAGAAUUGGGAUUAGAAAAAGAAGACAAAGAUGCAAUUGAAGAAAAAUUUCGAGAAAGAUUGAAGGGAUUAGCAGUUCCAUCAGCAGUUAUGGAAGUAAUUGAUGAAGAACUUAACAAAUUAUCACUUUUAGAUAACCAUUCAUCAGAAUUUAGUGUGACUCGAAAUUACCUUGAUUGGCUUACCAAUAUUCCCUGGGGUAAAAGUAGUGAAGAAAAUAUGGAUCUUGAUCGUGCAGCUAAAGUUUUAGAUGAAGAUCAUUAUGGGAUGGAAGAUGUUAAGAAAAGAAUAUUGGAAUUUAUUGCUGUUAGCAAUUUAAGAGGAAGUACUCAAGGAAAAAUCUUAUGUUUUCAUGGUCCUCCAGGUGUUGGCAAAACCAGUAUUGCCAAGUCCAUAGCCAGAGCCCUUAACAGAAAUUAUUAUCGAUUUAGUGUUGGAGGAAUGACUGAUGUAGCUGAAAUCAAAGGCCAUAGGAGAACAUAUAUUGGAGCAAUGCCCGGAAAAAUCAUACAGUGCUUAAAGAAAACUAAAACAGAAAAUCCUCUAAUAUUAAUUGAUGAAGUAGAUAAAAUUGGUCGUGGAUAUCAGGGUGAUCCUUCAUCUGCUUUACUGGAAGUUUUAGAUCCUGAACAAAAUCAUAAUUUCUUAGACCAUUAUUUAGAUGUUCCUGUAGAUUUGUCCAAGGUUUUAUUUAUUUGUACUGCAAAUGUGACAGAUACUAUUCCCGAACCUCUUAGAGACAGAAUGGAAAUGAUAGAAGUUUCUGGAUAUGUUGCAGAAGAAAAAAUUGCAAUUGCUGAGAACUACCUUAUACCUCAAGCUCGAGAUGCAACAGGUGUGACAGCUGAACAAGUUAAAUUAAAUACUGAUGCUUUACAGAAGCUUAUUAAAUCAUACUGUAGAGAAAGUGGUGUUCGUAAUUUACAGAAGCAAAUUGAGAAGAUUUUACGUAAAGGGGCCUUUAAACUUGUGAAGAAAGAAAUAACUUCUGUGGAAAUAAGUGAAACCAACUUGCAAGAUUUUGUUGGAAAGCCACUCUUUACUCAGGAUCGCCUAUAUGAAACAACACCUCCAGGUGUUGUGAUGGGCCUUGCUUGGACUGCAAUGGGUGGUUCAACUUUGUUCAUAGAAACAACUCAGUACAAACCAUUUUCUGAUGAGAAGAAAUAUGAUGGAUCAAUGCAAAUCACAGGUCAUCUGGGUGAUGUUAUGAAAGAAAGUGCAAACAUUGCUUAUUCUUAUGCCAAAUCAUUCAUGCUUACACAUCACCCAGAAAAUGAUUUCUUGCAGAAAGCCCAUUUACAUCUUCACAUUCCUGAGGGUGCUGUUCCUAAAGAUGGUCCAAGUGCAGGAUGUACAAUGGUUAGUGCAUUGCUAUCAUUAGCUUUAAAUAAACCUAUCAGACAGAAUACUGCCAUGACUGGUGAAAUUUCAUUGACUGGAAAAGUUUUGCCUGUUGGAGGAAUCAAAGAAAAAUCUAUUGCUGCUAAAAGAGUUGGUGUUACCUGUUUAAUUAUGCCUGCUGAAAAUAAAAAAGACUUUGCUGAUUUGCCGCAAUAUAUUACAGAUGGAUUGGAUGUGCAUUUUGUAGAACAUUAUAAAGAUGUUUAUAAUAUAAUAUUUUCUUGAGAGGUUUUAUUUUAUAUAAUAUAAAAAGAAUCUAGGAUUUUCUAAUUACAGUGAAUUUGUAUUUUUCGUGUUAUGUAUUUGUGUUCAAUCAUAGUUUGCAAACAUCAUAUUAAUAUUUUAUAAAAAUAAAAUGUUUACUUUUUGUA